UCCCCCUUCUCUCACCGGUCCCUUUCCAUCAUCCCAUACUCUCUCUCUCUCUCUCUCCCUCUCCAUUUCCAAAACCCACUUCCCUUUCUCCACAUUCCUCCCUCCCUCCCUCCCUUCCAACAAUGCCAAACCCAGACCCCACCCUCCUCCUCCUCCCCAUCCUCGGCGCGUCCCUCACCCUCACCUGCCUCCUCCUCGUCCUCGCCCUCCUCUACCGCAGAAAACUCUCCCGGAAACGCACCACUCCAGUCGCCGCAGAUCUACUCAAACCCUCCCCCCCUCACCGCUUCUCCUACUCCUCCCUCCGCCUCGCCACCUCCUCCUUCUCCGCCUCCAACCGAGUCGGCCAGGGCGGCUUUGGCUCGGUCUUCAAGGGAACUCUCAAAUCCGGGCAAGACGUCGCCAUCAAACUCAUGGAUCCCAACGGAUCUCUCCAGGGCGAGAGAGAGUUCCACAACGAGCUCUCCAUCCUCUCCAAGCUCGAACACGCGUGCACAGACUUCGUGGUCCCCAUCCUCGGCUUCUCCUCGUCCGACGACGGUCGCCAGUGUCGCCGCCGCCGCCGCCGCAGGCUGUUGCUCGUGUACGAGUACAUGAGGAACGGGAGCCUGCAGGACGCGUUGCUGGAUCGGAAGUGUCCCGAGCUGAUGGAGUGGAAGAAGAGAUACGCAAUCGCGAUUAACGUCGCCAAAGGGAUUCAGAUACUUCAUUGUCUCAAUCCGCCAAUCAUUCACGGGGACAUUAAACCGUCUAAUAUUCUGAUUGAUGCCUUUUUCAACGCGAAGCUGGCCGAUUUUGGGCUAGCUCGGGCGCUUACUGAAGAUGAAGUUGGUGGAGCUGUUUUGGAAAUCGGCGAGGAGGGGGGGAAGGUGGGGAGGAGCAGAGAGAACGGGGAUAACGAUAACGGAUCGAUACUUGAAGAGACGGAGAGUGUUGUUACUGAUGAUGUGGCUUUGAAUGUGGAUCUGUUGUCGCCGGAGUUAGUAACAACAAUGUCUUCGGAUACGGGUGUGUUUGAGGCACCGCCGUCGAGUGUGUCGGAGUGCUGUUUGGAUAUUGCUAGUGUGGAUAGUGGGAACAGGAGAUGUGUUGGGAGAAAGAAGAGUUUGUCGGGGAGGGAUUGGUGGUGGAAACAGGACGGGGGCAGCGGGGUCGGGUCAGAGUCGGGGAGAGUGAAGGAUUAUGUGAUGGAGUGGAUUGGGAGUGAGAUAAAGAAGGAGAGACCAAAUGGUGAGUGGAAUGCCACACCCAGUUCAGUAGAGGGUAAUAACAACACGGAGAAGGUGAAAGAAGAGCAAAAGAAGCAUAGGAAGAAAUUUAAUUGGUGGGCUUCAUUGGAUGAGGAGAGAACUCAGAAGCAGAAGAAGAACAGGAAGAAGCCGCGGGAGUGGUGGAAGGAGGAGUUUUGCGACGAAUUGACGAAGAAGAAGAAGAAAAGGGAGGUUAAGUCUACUUGUGGUGGUGAAAUGUGGUGGCAGAGGGAUGAGUUUCUAGCACCGGAGAGGAAGAAGAGGAGGAGGAGCAGGGGGAGUAAGGGCAGCAUUGAUUGGUGGUUAGAUGGGUUUAGCGGGGAAUAUCGAAGUGGAAGGAGAAAUAGUCAAGAUUGGACUAGUGGAGAGAUCCCAAAGAGUGGAGGUAUUAGUAGUACUCCUAGUAUGAGAGGGACUGUUUGUUACAUUGCCCCCGAGUGUGGUGGUGGUGGGAAUUUGUCGGAGAAGUGUGAUGUGUAUAGCUAUGGUGUGCUGUUACUUGUUAUUGUUUCCGGGCGAAGGCCGUUGCAAGUGACGGCCUCCCCACUGUCUGAAUUCGAGAGGGCGAAUCUCAUUUCAUGGGCUAGGCAACUUGCCCGGAAUGGGAAGCUUUUGGAUCUUGUUGAUCCUAAUAUUCAGUCGUUGGAUCGUGAACAGGCAAUGCUUUGCAUCACAAUUGCUUUGCUUUGUUUGCAGAGAUUGCCUAGUAAGCGUCCGACGAUGGUAGAGAUAGUCGGGAUGCUUUCCGGUGAGGCGGAACCGCCCCACUUGCCGUUUGAAUUUUCCCCAUCACCGCCGUCCAAUUUCCCUUUCAAGACCCGGAAAAAGGCCCGUUCAUUGCAGUGAUGUUGGAAAAGUAUACGAAAUAUGUAGAGCAUUGUGAUCAGGAUGUUUCUGUUAAUUAGGUGGCAAUUGAUUAUACUGAUACAUUUUU